AUGAGGCCCCAAACAGCAAGCACAUUUGCCGCCACUGCGCGAUGGAGCAUACAACCCGCCGCUGCUACGCCUGCAAGCGCAUACGGAAGAGCUGCAGCGUAUAGACGGAUAUCAACACUACCAAGAACAUCGCAAGUCUCCUCCACACGCACGUCAAUACCUUCCACAUCCACACCCUCCUCCCAACGCUUCCUCCGCAGCGAAUUCUUGCCCCAAGAUGUCCUCUUCCGCACGUCAUCCGCAUACGCCCGCCACUUCUCUUCUCGGCCCGCCCUGUACGAGCAAGCGCAAAAGCAAAAAGACGUAAAGGACCAAGAGCCUGACACCACCAAGUCAACAGCCUCCGAGGGUAGCACCGCUGAGCAGGCUGCAGGCGACCAGGCAAAGAAAGAGGGCGAGGAAGCCAAGGAGAAGAAGGACGGAGAGGAAGAAGCUGGUGAACAGAAGGAGGGCGAAGAGGGCCAGAAGAAAGAGAAGAAGGAUGCGCCCCCACCUCCACCCCAUGGCGACAAGACACCAUGGCAGGUCUUCACCGAGACCUUGAAGCAAGAGUUCCAGGCCUCCAAGGACUGGAACGAGGGUACAAAGCAGUUGGGUGGUGCGCUGCACGACUUCCAGCAGAACCCAAACGUACAAAAGGCUGGCCAGAUCUCUGAGGCUGCCAAGACAAAGACCACGGAGGCAUUGAAGGCGACGGCAUCCGCUGUUGGUCACGGUGCGGCGUGGACAUGGGACACUAUGCCCGUCAAGGGUGUUCGUGCUGCUGCGAGGGUUACUGGUACCGGACUUGAAUACGCAACUCGGCCAGUGCGACAGACCAAAGCCUUCCAAGCUGUGAAGGAGACCAUCGACGAUGGCAGCUCGUCAAGAUACGGUGGCUGGGUUGAGAAGGAAGAGCGCAGGAAGAGGCGUGAGUUGCGCGAGCUCAACGAACUCCAGCGAACUGGCGGCAAACCUCUGGGCCCAAUGGAGGAGGACCCAAAUGCUGGCACAAACGUCACCCUUCACAAGGACGCCAAGUACAAGGAAGUCUGGAGAGAAUGGAAGGACAACUCCAAGCUCGCCCAAGGCUUCUUCAACAUGAAGACAGUCUACAGGGAGUCUGACAAUGCCAUCAUCGAGACCGCUCGCAGUAUCUCCGACCGCAUCACCGGCUUCUUCGCCGAAAACGAGACGGCCAUGGUCAUCAAGCGAUUCAGAGAAAUGGACCCCAACUUCCAAAUGGAGCCCUUCCUGACCGAGAUGCGCGAAUACAUACUCCCAGAAGUCCUGGACGCAUACGUCAAGGGCGACAUUGCCGUCUUGAAGGAGUGGCUAUCAGCAGCGCAAUACUCAGUAUACGCAGCGCUGAUGCAACAAUACCAGGCCGCUGGCCUCAAGUCUGACGGAAAGAUUGUCGACAUCCGUGGUGUCGAUGUCCUGAACGCAAAACUGCUGGAGCCAGGAGAGAUCCCCGUCUUCAUCCUUACCUGCAGAACCCAAGAAGUGCACGUCUACCGCAACGCCAAGUCUGGAGAACUGGCCUCCGGCAUGGACGACAAAGUCCAGCAAGUCACAUACGCCAUUGGUGUAACCCGGAUACCAGAAGACGUCAACAACCCCGAGACACGAGGAUGGAGGUUGAUCGAACUGCAGAAGAGUGCCAGGGAUUACUACUGA